CCCAGGUAGUGAGGCAUUGUACAGGUGAGCACUCCAAUUCUCAUGUCGCCACUCUUCACUGCCUGAGGAUACUACUUCACAGCACCAGACAAAGGACCUGACAAAGUUUGUCCUUAAAGCAUGCUGACAGAGUUAGAGACGAGGGCUUAUGUGCCUGAGGUGAAGCUGGGUGGAUGUCGGGGUUCCUGGAGUGGGCUGGCCCCCUCGUCCUGCGCUGAGGUCGACCUCGAGGUCAUCGAGGAGUACCUGCAGGAGCAUUCGCUCGAGGUCCAACCCGCUCACACACCUUCAACAUCCAUGGCUGCUAACAUGGGUCACCAAACGCACGUUCACUCCCACCGGGACGCCAGGAUAAUAGAGAACAGCUGGUCGGGUCAGCAUCCGUACGAGUGGCGCUACGGCUGCCACACUCCAAACGAGGAAUACAAGGCGCCAACUCCACAUCCAGCCUGGCAGAGUCCACAAGACCAGUGGGAACACAUAACAUACUACGAGCCUACCAGUAUAUACAUUGAUUCAGACUCACAGUCAAGCAGUUCCCAGUACCAGGAUUACCAAGAUUCACCAUCACCACCCUCUGACAGAGGGGAGAGGAAGGACAGAAGUUUGCCUCUGGCACCACUAUCAGGAAAGAGGAAGGAGCGCCUGUUCCAGUUCCUGUUUGAGAUGCUACAGACUCCAUCAAUGAGGAGCUGCAUCUGGUGGGUCCAGUCCUCCUCUGGGACCUUUCAGUUCUCCUCCCAGAACAAGGAGAGCCUGGCGCAGCUGUGGGGUCGCCGGAAGGGAAACCGCAAGACCAUGACCUACCAGAAGAUGGCACGGGCACUAAGGAACUACUCACGGACUGGAGAGAUCCACAAGGUGAAGAGGAAGCUCACAUACCGCUUCGAUGAGAAGACACUGAAAGGCCUACAAGGAGAAAGCAAAUUAGAGUAGCUAGUGUGUCAAAAAGCUCACAUCAGAAAAUCAUUGGACUCAUGUGACAUAUUUUGUGCAGAUUCUAACUAUAAGGUAUUUUAAUGACAAAUAAAUACUAAGUAUUUGAAAGGCCAGCGCAUUAACUAUUGACAGUCGGAGCUUUGUAUAGAUACAACAGUGGUGUGUCAGAAGACUGAUGAAAGUGAUCCAUGCAAAUUUCAGGCUGUGAAUGAGAGGUCAGCUGGCAAACACCAAGUAAAUCUAAAAGAUUAUGACAUAUUCUCUACUUUAUAAGUAGAAUUUAAAUCCGUCUCUUAAUAAAAGUUGUUUUUCCUCUGUUUUGUGAUUUUGUGUUGCAGGUAAUGAAAAUAUGUGCGUAAAUGUGCUCUGUUUGUGUCAAAAUAUCUUGUUCAAGAUAAAAUAAAAUGAAAAAGAGCAGAAAAAAGUCUUUUUUUUUCUCUCUGUCUAUGUACACAAACAAAGAUGCCUUGUGAAGAGCAGCUUGUUGAGAUAAACAUUAAUGUGCUUGAAGCAAGCCCACAUACACAGACUUACUGUACCAGGGCAGAUACAGGCAUGUGACCAUAGCCAAAAUUCUAUGCAAAACAAGCAUGCAUUAAAAACUGCCACAGCAAACAGACCUGCUAAUCAGUAACAUCCAAAAAACACCCUCACAACAAUAAACGCACACACGCAAACACACGCCCACACACACGUAAACUGAGCAAGGUGUACAGGCCAAGAAUUACUGUCAUAAAGUUUCCAAUAGCAAACUAACUUGGUUUCUUCAUAGAGAUUUUCAACCAUUUUUUAUGUUUCUUUUAAGAAUAAGUGUUGUGACGAUUUCUUCUGGUGUUACAUCCAUGAAUUUGCAAACCAAAGCAGUUUUCUGAUCUCACAUUGAUCAUUGAUAGAAUUUUUAGAUAGUCA